AUGUCUAACCUUCCUUCCGAGCCCGAGUUCGAGCAGGCCUACAAGGAGCUUGUCAGCACCCUUGAGGACUCUACCCUCUUCCAGCAGCACCCCGAGUACCGCACCGCCCUCGAAGUCGUCUCCGUCCCCGAGCGCGUCAUCCAGUUCCGCGUCGUCUGGGAGGAUGACGCAGGCAAGCUCCACGUCAACCGUGGUUUCCGUGUCCAGUUCAACUCGGCCCUCGGCCCUUACAAGGGUGGCCUCCGUCUCCACCCCUCUGUCAACCUGUCCAUCCUCAAGUUCCUCGGUUUCGAGCAAAUCUUCAAGAAUGCCCUGACCGGCCUCAACAUGGGUGGCGGCAAGGGUGGCUCCGACUUCGACCCCAAGGGCAAGAGCGACAACGAGAUCCGCCGCUUCUGCCAGUCCUUCAUGCGCGAGCUCUCCAAGCACAUCGGCGCCGACACCGACGUCCCCGCCGGUGACAUCGGCACCACCGGCCGCGAGAUCGGCUUCAUGUUCGGCGCCUACCGCCAGGCCCGCAACCGCUGGGAGGGUGUCCUGACCGGCAAGGGCCUCAGCUGGGGUGGCAGCCUGAUCCGCCCCGAGGCCACCGGCUACGGCCUGGUCUACUACGUCGAGAACAUGCUGGAGCACGCCGGCCGCGGCUCCUUCAAGGGACAGCGCGUCGCCAUCUCGGGCUCCGGCAACGUGGCCCAGUACGCCGCCCUCAAGGUCAUCGAGCUCGGCGGCACCGUCGUCUCCCUGUCCGACUCCAAGGGCUCCCUCGUCGCCGAGGAGGGCUCCGCCGGCUUCACCCCGGCCCUGAUCAGCGACAUCGCCGGCCUCAAGGUUGCCUUCAAGCCCCUGUCCGACCUGGCCGUCGCCGCCGACCACAAGCUCCGCUACGUCGAGGGCGCCCGCCCCUGGAAGAUCUCGGGCAAGGUCGACAUCGCCCUCCCCUCUGCCACCCAGAACGAGCUCAACGGCGACGAGGCCAAGUUCCUCGUCGACAACGGCUGCUUCGUCGUCGCCGAGGGCUCCAACAUGGGCUGCACCCUCGACGCCAUCGAGGUCUUCGAGACCGAGCGCAAGACCAAGGGCGACGCCAAGGCUGUCUGGUACGCCCCCGGCAAGGCCUCCAACUGCGGCGGUGUCGCCGUCUCCGGCCUCGAGAUGGCCCAGAACUCGGCCCGCCUCAACUGGACCGAGGAGGAGGUCGACCAGAAGCUCAAGGACAUCAUGAAGAACGCCUUCCUCAACGGCCUCAACACGGCCAAGAAGUACGUCAAGGCUGGCGACAACGAGCUCCCCUCGCUCGUUGCCGGUAGCAACAUUGCCGGCUUCGUCAAGGUCGCCGAGGCCAUGCACGACCAGGGUGACUGGUGGGCUUAA